AUGUUAAUUUCUGUUUCGAAAAUUCGUUGUUUUUCCAGCAAGAUCGGGGUUUCAAUCCCUGGUGUAUGCACUGCUCCGAGUAGAGUAAUACCUUUUUCUUAUUCUUUACACCUUUUUCUGUAUACUUUUUGCGACUUCCUUACAUUGUUUUCUUCUACUUUACACGUUAUUCUUUUUUUAUUUUAUUUUAUUAUUCUUUUAUUAUCUUUAUUUCUUAUUCCUUACACUGUUUUUUCUACUUUACGCACGUCUUAUUUGCGUUUCUUCUUCUUCUUCUUCUUCUUUACACCUUUUGUCUUCAACUGUGUACUGUUUUCUUCUUUACACUUUUCUUUUUCUGUUUUGUAUCUUUUUUCUUCUUCACUUUUUUUUCUUCUUCACACCUUUUUUCUUCUUUACAUCUUUUUUCUUUGCACGUUUUAUUUUAUUAUUUACAGCUUUUUUACUUCUUUGUGCUUCUUCUUCUUCUUUUUCAUAUUUACACCUUUUUUUUUCUUCCACUUUUUCUUUUUCUUCUCUACACCUCUUUUCUUUUUCACACCUUUUUUUUCUUCGCUCUUUUUCUUCUUCUUUACACUUGUUCUUCUGUUUAUACCUUUUUCUCCUUUACACCGUCAUCUUUACACCGGUUUCUUUAUUUCACUGUUUUCUUCUUCAUAUUUUUUCUUCUUCGCUACACAUUUCUCUAUUCUUUGCACUGUUUUCUUCUUUUUAAUCUUUUUUACUCUUUAUACGAUUUUCUUCUUCUUUUCACCCUUUUUUCUUUUUCUUUUCACUUUUUCUUCUUUUUAUACCUCUUCUCUUUAUUCUUUACAUCUUAUUCUUUACACUUUUUCUUUCUUCACACCAGUUUCUCCUACUUUUCUUUUUCUUUACAUUUUCCCUUCUUUACACUAUUUUCUUAUUCUUCUUCUGACUUCCUUUUUGUUCUUCAUAUUCUUCUUUCCUACGCAUGCUCCAAUUAACAUUACUUCCGGUUUGUUGCUGUUCUUUUCUUAUCCGUCAAUUCGUCGCUUUUCAAUACUCCCUUCGUCCUAUUUUACAUUCGAUUUUCUUGGCUGCACUUACAUUGUUGUAACCUAG